AUGAAGACAACGGUGACUCGCCAGCUGUGCAGUCGCGGCUGGCGUCUCUCACUGGGCUCUUCAGCUCUCCCUGCUCACCUAUCCCACUGGAAUGGCCUGUCACGCACCAUGACGGGUGCUGCACUGGCAGCACCCGAAGCACGCGCUCGCACGACCACGUCUCUCACCUGCCCCAUCGUUUGCCUGCGCCGCUUCUUCUGGAACCCCUUCGCGUCGGGCACCAGAGCCACCGCUUCCGCAAUGCGCGACUCCGCUCAGCACCGGCAUGCCGAGCAGCACGCUACAAUAGCGGAGAAGGCGCACCGUGACGCCGACCUUGAGAAUGAGCAGCUUCUUGAUGCGUGCCUGGACCUGCUCGAUAUCUGCAGCGGCAACGCGGCCGGCUCAGCGCCGUCCAGCGCGCUCGAUGGGCUUGCACGUGAUCGGAUCUGGGAGCUUGUGGAAGUCCUCCUGCAUGACCACCACCGCACCCCGGCGGAGCAGUUCGACCUGGUCUACACCGCGCUGUGCAUGCCGGCCGCGCAAGAUCACCGGCAGGUGCAGCGGAGCCUGCUGGUGGUCCUUCGCUCCAUCGUCCCGGAGACGCUCUACCGCGUGUUUGAGAGCGUGGAUCUCUUUGUGCUGCGAGAUGAUGCGCAGUCGCUGCACCAGCGUGACGUGCUGAUGAAGUUCGCACACGCCCAGCUUGGCGACCUUCACGUGCCGGACGGUUUGGCGGAGGAGGAGGUGUUGUCCCUGUACGUGGACGACAUGAGGGCGGCGUUUCCGGUCCUCGUCACCUGUCCUGCGUGGCAAGUGUUGGAGCGCGAGGCGACAACGAUCGCCUUGAAGUCUAAGCUCUUUGCAUUGCUCAGCCGCCUGUGUGCCGAGUUCGACGAGGAAAGGACGGGCAAGGUGAAGCUGGCGGAUCUGCGCUCCACGGCGGAGCGCGUCCUGGGGACAGACCAGGCAUCGUGCCUGCUCGAAGGAGCACAGGCGGACAAGGACGGCAAGAUUGCCUACGCACAGCUGGUGGCCCUACUCUCACGACCGCCCCCGAAAAAGCAGGCACCGGUCGAGGCCAAGCAAAGGCUCGAAGAGACGCAGAGGACAGUGUGUGGUGGUGGGGAGGGGUGCGCUAGUCGUGGCCGAUCGGUGCCGUAA